CCCUUCAUGCUGAUCAGUCUGUUGAUUUGUAAACAUUGCUUUUAUUUACUGAAGUUUUUAAACUUUAAACAAGUACAUAUUAUUUUCUUAAUAGUGCCGAAAAUAACUAUUCAGAUUAUAUCAGAAGAACCAAAAAUUCAACCCUUUUCCGACCAACUUCAAUAAUGGACCUUCCACCUUCCAACGAGAGCUACAAGGACAUGAAUUACUGGAACGAGCGGUACAAGACCGAGGAAAAGUACGACUGGUUCAAAACGUACAAAGAUUUCGUCCACCUUCUGGAGGAGCACGUCAAGAAAUCGGACAGAAUCCUCAUGUUAGGCUGUGGAAACAGUUGUUUGAGUGAACAGAUGUUCAACGACGGAUUCAAACACAUCGUCAACGUGGACUUUUCCGACAUUGUUCUUAAGAAAAUGCGCCUCAAACUGCCGAGCAUGGAGUGGUUAACCAUGGACAUAAAACACUUGGCCUUCAUUGCUGGAAGUUUCGACGUGGUGAUUGAAAAAGGAACCCUGGACGCACUUCUCGUCGAAGAAGACGUUUGGCACAUUUCCGAAGAAGGGGCCGAAAUGAUGUCCCAAAUCGUUGAAAAUGUCAGACACGUUUUAACGCCGUCCGGGAAAUUUCUGUCGAUCACUUUCGCCCAACCUCAUUUUCGGAUGCCGCUGAUACGAAAAGAAUUUUGGGAUGUCAAGUAUGAAACUUUUGGAGACGGUUUCCACUACUUCUUCUACGUGGCCAAAAUGAAGCAAGAGGCGGAUGAAGAUAGAUGACGAUCUUUGAAAAAAAAACAUUGAUUUUUAAAUCAAGUUUGCUCAAAAACCUUUGAAAUUUAGGCAAUGUCGAAAGUUUUUAUCUUCAAUGGGACACCAAAUGAUUUUGUUCAUCAGUUUCCUGAAUCUAUUCGGAAUUAAUUAAUAUCUCAAGACUGACAAUCGUGCAUUUUAAAGGAAAUAACAGUUAACAUUUUAAUGUCAUAAGAGCAAAAAAUAUUGACCAAUUUUCUAAUUAUAAUUCUUAUAUGUUGAUCAUUAUAAUGUACUAUUUUACUUUUGAGUUUUAUAAUAAAGAUUAUAUUUUA